AAAAACUUGCCUGAGUAGUCAUUACUUACUUGAGGCUUACUUUAGCCCCAGGUACGUUGUUCAUCACAUUCUCUCACCCAUCCCUUGCUUGCUUCAGCCUGUACCUGAUCAUUUACUGUUGAUUGCAUCCUUUAACCUGACCUAAAGUACUAUAAAAACCCUGUGCGCUCACUUCUUCAGGACAUUCUGAAAUAGAACUUCAAGUGAACCGAAAGGCAAUUUGAAUAUUAUUUAUCGCAAAGAAAAAAAGUCAUAGCUAAAGGCAGAGAUGGGGAAUAAACAACGGAACACCGCUAAAGGCACAAUCGCUUACAACCACUUUAUGUAUCUGGAGGAAUUGCGACGUCCAGCGAAACAGCCAUUGCGUCAGAGUCAGUCGAAAAUGGAGUUGACGUUGUGUCUUCUUAGAACAAAUUUGAGGAACCUAUCCAACUUUAAUACGACAGAAUUGACGGAGCUCAAUCAGUUGUUGGUGCUUAAAGAAGAUUUGCGCAAGGAUAUCCAGAAUAAGACGGUUGUCAAGAAACAGAAAAAAUCGAAAGAUCGCUGGUAUUUAGAUAUUUUCCGUUCUGUUCGACGAUCUAUUGAAAUUCUGAUGCUUGAUAUUUCUACACAAAGGAACGAUCUCGAUUCAUCAGACCUUCUCGAUCAUUUGCUAAAUGUAAUAUCAAUUUUACAUGCCUUAUAUCUGAGCGGCAGUUGUUUGUUUUCUCAGUCCACCUAUAGACGGUUAUUGCGUCAGUUGUUUCAAUCUGUCAAACGAAUAUUAAAUGCGUUCACAUUUUCAGCUUGCUCUCUCAUAUCUGUCUUCUCCUUGCCUUCAGAUUGCUGUUGCUCUUCUAAUGGCGAUUAUUCUUUGUCUACUUUUCAAUACAUGUAAUUUUAUAUUCUAAGCCAUCAUUCAUAUAACCAAAUAUAACCAUCGCUUGUUGUGUGUGAUUAAAUAAAAUAAAAUAUAUAAAUAAAUAUUCAAAUACAUGCCUUAGUGUAAGUUAUCAAAUGCAAAUUAUAGAGUAUCAGUAGAGAAGCCCUCAGUGGCUAAAGUUUAGUUUAUAAGUGAAAUAAUUAUUUGUAAUUACUACUCUUUGCAAUAAAUUAAUAAAAAAAAAAAUUGGAUUCAUGUUUAUAUAUACAUUAGGGUGGGUAAAUUCGUUUGGAACUAUGUAUUUUUUUAGCAUCGUUCCAAAUUUUUAAGAAAAGUUUCAUAUAAUUAAGCCAUUUCAUCUUUUUACAAUAUUUUUCAUGCUAAUUUGUUUCGUUAAUGUUUUUAAUUUUUAAUCAAAAUAUGUCUAACAAGAGCACCGAGAGAUGAGUAACUCCCAAAACACGCAGGCUAAGAGGCCACUGUAUUCAAAGCCCUGGAAAGUAAAAGGAUAGAUAGUCACAGAGGAAA